UUCUGUGACGUACAGGGUGGUGCGCGAACGAGCCAGGAGUUACAGUGCAUGGGGCUGGGCUUCGUAGGAGACCUGCUGGCCGGGGCCACCUCCUAUCGCCCGUCUGCCAGCUUCUCUUCCUCCGUGGAUUCGGAGGAGCCGCGGCGACCUUGGCCUCCAGCGUCUCAGGCAAACUGACGCGGGGGUGGCGGCCAGGAUGGUGAUGCUGGACUUACUGCAGGCGGGCGGGUCAGUGCUGGGGCAGGCUAUGGAGCAAGUAACGGGCGGCAACCUCCCAUCCAUGCUGCUCAUCGCCUGCGCCUUCACUCUCAGUCUGGUCUACCUGCUCCGCCUCGCGGUUGGCCACCUGGCCCCACCACUGCCGGCUGGGGCGAAAAGUCCACCAUACAUUUUCUCUCCAAUUCCAUUCCUUGGACAUGCUAUAGCAUUUGGGAAAAGUCCAAUUGAAUUCCUAGAAGAUGCAUAUGAGAAGUAUGGACCUGUAUUUAGUUUUACCAUGGUGGGCAAGACGUUUACCUACCUGCUGGGGAGUGAGGCUGCCGCACUGCUUUUUAAUAGUAAAAACGAAGACUUGAAUGCCGAGGAUGUCUACAGCCGUCUGACAACACCUGUGUUUGGGAAAGGAGUUGCCUAUGAUGUGCCUAAUACAGUUUUUUUGGAGCAGAAGAAAAUGUUGAAAAGUGGUCUUAACAUAGCCCACUUUAGACAGCAUGUUUCUAUAAUUGAAAAAGAAACAAAAGAAUACUUUGAAAGUUGGGGAGAAAGUGGAGAAAAAAAUUUGUUUGAAGCUCUUUCUGAGCUCAUAAUUUUAACAGCCAGCCAUUGUUUACAUGGAAAGGAAAUCAGAAGUCAACUCAACGAGAAGGUGGCACAACUGUAUGCGGAUUUGGAUGGAGGUUUUAGCCACGCAGCCUGGCUUUUGCCAGGCUGGCUCCCUCUGCCUAGUUUCAGACGCAGGGACAGAGCUCAUCGGGAGAUCAAGAAUAUUUUCUACAAGGCGAUCCAGAAACGCAGAGAGUCAGGAGAAAAAAUUGAUGACAUUCUCCAAACUUUAUUAGAGUCUACUUACAAGGAUGGGCGUCCUCUGACGGAUGAUGAAGUAGCAGGCAUGCUGAUUGGACUGCUCUUGGCAGGUCAGCAUACUUCCUCAACUACCAGUGCCUGGAUGGGCUUCUUUCUGGCCAGAGACAAAACGCUGCAAGAAAAAUGUUUCUUAGAACAGAAGACAGUCUGUGGCGAGAAUCUGCCUCCUCUGACUUAUGACCAGCUCAAGGAUCUCAAUUUACUUGAUCGCUGUAUAAAAGAAACAUUAAGACUUCGACCUCCUAUAAUGACCAUGAUGAGACUGGCCAAAACUCCUUUGACUGUGGCAGGGUACACCAUUCCUCCAGGACAUCAGGUGUGUGUUUCUCCUACUGUCAAUCAGAGACUCAAAGACUCAUGGGUAGAGCGUCUGGACUUUAAUCCUGAUCGCUACUUAGAGGACAGUCUAGCAUCAGGAGAGAAGUUUGCUUAUGUGCCAUUUGGGGCUGGGCGUCAUCGUUGCAUUGGGGAGAAUUUUGCCUAUGUUCAAAUCAAGACAAUUUGGUCCACUAUGCUUCGUUUAUAUGAAUUUGAUCUCAUUGAUGGGUAUUUUCCCACUGUGAAUUAUACAACUAUGAUUCACACCCCUGAAAACCCAGUUAUCCGAUACAAACGAAGAUCAAAAUGAAAAAGGCAGCAAGGAACUAAAAUGUGAACAUCACUGUAAACUGCGAAAGCAUUGAAGAGAAUGAAGUUUAUGAAACAACUCCCAGUAUACUCUUUUUUUUUGAGUUUGUAAUUUUAAAUAAGUUUAUUUAAGCUUAUGGUUUUUAUGUAUUAACUGAACAGUGCCAUCAAAUCCAAUGGCAUUUCAGAUAUUUCCUAAUAGUUUUAUGAUGGAUACUUCAUAUGCUCUCUUUAAGGAAAUCAAGCUAAUUAGUUUGGGGGUGAGGAUCUUUGUUAACUGGCAGACUCUAAAUAACACAAUUUCCAGGUGUUAAAAGAGCAUACAUAGCUCUUGGCGAGAAAGUUCAGAGUAUUUAGAUCUUGUACUAGAUCUCCAAGUAUAAAAGCCCAGUGAAACAUCUGGAAGCCUUAGGUUAUUCAUUCAUUUAUUGGGCAGUGUAUGUAUAUAUAAGGAUGGAUGGGGAGGGAAUAAACUCACAUUUAAAGCCUUGGAUAAAAGAGAAUCCUAUUGUUUUGGUAUGAUGAUAUUUAGCAAUGAUGGAGCUAUACUGUAGGAAAAUAUAGCCUUUGAAAUAGCUGGAAGCACUGUCCAUAGGAAACAGAUUUCUGACAAUGACUAAUUAUAUUUCCUAAAAAAUAAUACAAAAUUAAUUUUGUGUGACUUGAUCUAAUUACUGAAUAUCAUAUAUUUAUCUGCCUGAUAAAUUUGUAUCUGGGUCCACAUAGUUCCAUUGGUGUGGAAGUCCAAAAUAAAGUCCUUGAAGGAUAAGUUUUGUUCUCUUUGGCCCAAGGUGAUUUCCAUAUCCUCUCUAGAAUCUAAUCAGGGGUUUUUGUGACUAGUUCUGUUAAUUUAGGUUAACAAGCUUUUUUUUUCCUUGUUAAAUACAAAACCUGAGAUCAGGAACUGUGGCUUUAAGACAAGGGUAAUACAGUGCAGGAUUUCUUGGGAGUGUAUCUCACUGGUCAAAUUCUUUGAAGCCUGUGUUCAAGAAUCAACUCAAAUUAUAACUGGAGAUGCGACUGUGUAUUACAGUUCUGUUUAAAAGGUUAGCAGUCUCAUGUUAAGCUAUUUGUGAAGGCAAAAUCCGUGUUGUUGAGUUUUUCACAUUAAAUUAUCUUUGAGAAUAUA